UCCACCGUCAAAUUUGACACGGAGUCGCCAUUACACGGGUUUGACGGCGCAAUUACUCCAACCUUGCUCCUGUCAAAGAUAAUUUCUUAUUUUCUUCUAUCCGACCUUUGCAAGAGCUCAGGAGAAAACAAAAAGGCAUAAGAAAUCAAAUGAAAGGGAACUGCUCUCUUUUGGGGCUCAUGCGACCUUCUAUAUUCUUCUCCUUUUUCACUGUUUUUCAAUGCUUAAUUCCAGGGCUGGUGGGCAGCUCAGAACCAUCAAGUUCUGGAACUAAAGCAUCAAACCAUUCAUCAAAGAAGUCCUCCACAGUAAUAGGACUCACUGUGUGCCUUGGGGUGAUAGUAGUCAUUGUUGGAACGACAGUUAUCAUUUUCAAGAUAUGGCAGAAGAAGAGGAGAGAAGUGCAGCACGCCCGUCUGCUAAAGCUUUUCGAAGAAGAUGAUGAUCUUAAUGAGGAGCUGGGAAUCUGAGUUUGAACAUAACCUGUUAGUUAAUCCGCUCAUAUGUAAUUCAGUAUAGGCUUUGUUUGGAUGGAGGGUUCUGGAGAGCUUACUCUAUAUCUUGGUAUAUAAGAGUUUUUUUUUUUUUAAACUAAUAAAAGGGGAUGAAUGUCAUAUGACAGCAUAUGAUGUUUAGUCAUUCCAUUUUUUGGAAUAUAUAAAAUAUAAAUCAAGAUAUAGACUAAACUCUCCAAAACUCUGCAUCCAAACAGGCUAUAAGGUGGGCUCUCACCUAUUUUCUCUCCUCUUAUGUGCACUUGAGUUACAUUUGAGAACAGGCCAUACAAGUUUUGUGGGUAUGUAAGUAUGGAUCAUGAAGGACAAUGGGUUUCAGACUUUCAGUUAACUUUAUUCCUUAACGGAUUAUCAAAUUAAUAAUUGUG